GGAAGCCGAGUCUUGUGCAUUGCAGUGCGGUAAGGGUCGGUUUGCUUCUCCGUGGUGAAAAUGUUUGCAGCGAGGUUUCUUCUCCGUCGCGCGGCCCCCGCGCUCAGACACGCGCGCUCUUAUGCCGACGCGCCCUCCGCUCAGAUGUCCUUCACUUUCGCAUCACCCACAGAGGUGUUUUUCAAGGAAGCCAGUGUAAAACAGAUUGAUGUCCCAACACUGACAGGCGCCUUUGGUAUCCUCCCAGCCCACGUCCCCACACUGCAGGUGCUCCGGCCCGGUGUGGUCACCGUCUUCAAUGACGAUGGUUCCUCUAAGAAGUAUUUUGUGAGCAGUGGAUCAGUCACCGUUAAUGCAGACUCUUCAGUGCAGCUGCUGGCGGAGGAGGCCUUCCCACUGGAAUCGCUGGAUGUCGCAGCAGCGAAAGCGAACCUGGAGAAAGCCCAGUCAGAACUGGUCGGCGCUUCAGACGAGGCGACCCGGGCCGAGGUUCUGAUCAGCAUAGAGGCGAACGAAGCGAUUGUCAAAGCGCUGGAGUAAAUGGUCUGUUUGUUGAGAAUUCUGUCGGUUUGAAAAGGUCUCCGGCUUUUUCUGUUCCCCACCCCAGUGAAGUCAAACCGCAAGACUUAACUGCUUGCUUUGUACAGUGGAUGAAAUUAACAAUAAAUUUAUUUGAAAUACA